AUGGGCGUAGGGAUAUCGCCGGCGACACACGACAUUGUCCGCAAGCCAAUGCGGGCGUCCGGCACAACCGCCGCAGAUGGCUCUUGCUGCACUGCUCUGUACACCAGCGCGGCUGCUGGCCCCAGAAAGGUGGACAGCGACUGCCUGGCCUCGGUGCCGUCGCAUGCCCAGGAACAUUCUCAGUCCGCCAUGCCGGAGGAUUUGGGCCAAGUGGACUGUGAUCCGGUGGGCACGCAGGAGUCCAGCACCUUGCCUCCACUGGUGGGCGAGUCCUCUGGCAAUCUUGCACAGCAAGAGCAGCAGCAGCAGCAGCACCAGGAAGAAGGUGUUGCUAGUGGCAACGAUGCAGGUGCUGCUUCUCCUGCCCAUACUCCUACUCCGGAGAAGGUGGAGCCCACAGCUCGGAGGUGGGGGAAGAAGUCGACCAAGGGGGUUCAGCGGCUCAAAGUGGCCAAAGAUAAAGUGAUGAAGCCCAAGGUGACCACGCCCAGUACAGUCAAGAAGAAUAAGAAGAAAAUGCCAGAGGAUGGUAAUCAACGUGUUGCUGCUGCCAGGUCUAAUAGUGCAAGACGCAAGUUGGAUUUGGAUUCAUCAGAAUGUAAAACAUGUUUCAGCAGAGCCGAGCUGAUGGGUAACUUGAAGUCCUUGCCAAGAUUCAUGGUUUAA